CCAAUCGGGUUAUCCGUCACCGAAAGCAAAACAGAGAGGAAAAUAGCACUAUAGCAGAUUCACGCACGUGGAAACUGGUGCGAUAUCUUCAGUCAAAGAUGACAUCGUUAGCACAUCAGUUGAAGCGGCUGGCUCUGCCGCAGAAUGACUCUAAUCUGCUCAACCGGAGGACGGUGGCCUCUGUGCUCUUUGACCCUAAAGAUGCUGCCAGCAUGGACCGCAGCACCUUCUAUGCACUGGGCUGCACAGGACUUGAGGAGCUGAUGGGUAUUGACUCCGCUUUCAGUGAGUUUCAGGAGACUCUGUUUAGUCAAGCCUCUUUGACUUUAGAGCGUAGCGUUCAGACAAAAGAGGUCAACAAGAAACUGGACAAGAGCAUCUCACUCUUCCUCACUCGACUUUCACCUUACUUUCUGCUCAAACCUGCUCUGAAAUGCAUCGAAUGGCUAAUACACAGAUUCCACAUUCAUCUGUACAAUCAAGACAGCCUGAUCGCGUGUGUUCUACCUUAUCAUGAGACUAAAGUGUUUGUACGAGUGAUCCAAAUUUUAAACAUUGAAGACCCAACCCACAAAUGGCACUGGUUACAUGGACUUCAGAAACCUGGCGUUCCCCUGGCCCGAGGAACUCUGCUCACGCACUGCUAUAAAGAUUUAGGCUUCAUGGAUUUCAUUUGUUCUCUGGUCACAGAUUCAGUAAAGGCAUACUCUGAGUUUAUCCGGGAUUGGAACUGUCCACAGCUGCGUGUGAUUUUCUCUUUCUACGCAUCCACCAUUGUUUCUGCUCUUGAUGCUGUGGAGAAGAUAACCAACUCUAUUAUUGCCAAACUGCUUCCGUUUGUACAACUGGGCCUGAAAUCUCCCCUUUUAGACUAUGCGUCUGCCACUUACAUGAUCGUGUGUCAGAUGGCAGUGAAGGUAGUAUUGGAGGAUGAUCUGGUGGACUUACUGACCGUACAGUUGUGCAAGUCUCUACGUCGAUGCCCUCUGCCGAUCAGAGAGGGUUUGAGCUGCAUUAUCAUCCUCUUGCAGAAUCAGAAAGAAGGUGUAGUUGGUCCAAAGGCAUUUGGAUACCUGUCUGCUAUCCCCACCCUGGUGUCCACUCUCCAGAGUAUAGCAACAGUCCAUGACAUCAAUCCCUUGCUGCGUUAUCUGCUGCCACAUCUUAUACAUUCUGUGGUGGCCCAAGAUGUAGAUGAGCAGCAGAACAAAAGUUUGCCAGACAGUACUAAACUAUUACAGUCAGUGUUUCAGAGUCUUCAUCUCUCCAAAAAUCUGGAGAACACUGCAGCCAAGCUGCUUCUUGAGGAGUAUGUUUCCUGCAGCAAAGAGCUUCCCUCGGAUAAGAUUUCAGCUCUUAAUCAGAGAAUUCAACCUACUGUGCGACAGUUUGAAUCCAGCUAUCCAUGUGCGCUGGAUGUGGCAUUGGAAAAUCAUGUCAAAAAUGUAUCGUCUGACCAUGAAAAAAACGUGCUUCAUCAGUUCAUCUCUCUAACUUUGAGCGGUGGAAAAUAUCAAAUCCUGCCAAAUUCAGACACCUCUUUGAUGCUCAGCCUAAAUCAUCCACUACCUUCUGUGAGGAAUAUGGCUGUAGACUACCUAAAGGAGAUCCUCUCCUCAGAGCAUCAGAAUGGAUUGGAUGAGGCAUUUCUGAAGGAUGCAUUGCUGGAGAGAAUAAAGGAUGAAGUGCCAGAGAUUGUGAUGUCUACCCUUAAAACUUUGCAGCUUCACGUGGACUUUAUGGAUGCGGAGGAGACUGUUUCCUCUUUGAUUUCACUUCUUCAUCGCAUCGAACCAUCAGCAGACUGGUGUUCAGUUCUAAAACUGACCGUGCAAAUUCUCGAUGACCUCUGUGUUAUUGAGGGCAACACAGAUCUUAAAGCACAGAUUAGUUGGGAGCUUCUGCCCUUUCUGGUGUUGACCAAUGCUACACCCAACUGUGUGGAGCUGCAGAUGGCAUCUUGUGUCGCUGAAACCACUUUGCUGUCCCAGCAUCCUUUUACUCAGGGUUGGGCCAAAGUGCUGAAGGAUGUUUUGGUGAAAACCCCUUCAUCAGAUGUGCUUGGUGUGGUCAACCAAAUGCUCACAACAACUUUGAUCAAGAACUUGGCCAACAUGGAUCAUGUAACCAAACGCAACACUCUGCAGAAUGUGUGUGAUAUCCUGAGCCAUCAGUGCAGCAGCGUGCAGGAGAUAGCAGCGUUUGUGGUGCUUAGUAAUGCACUGCUACAGAGUCUGCAAUCCUUGACGGACAGUCAACACCUCCACACGGCGCAGUGCGUGUACAAAAUACUGGAACCUUUACUGCUACAGGUCUACACAGUCCAACUUGAACAGACGUCUAGCAAAGAGGUAAAUGAGUGUCUGCCUCCCUGUGUGACAUUGGGUGAAUUCCUGCAGAAAAAGAAUUCUGGCCUUAAUGCAGAGAGAGAACAUAGCCUCCUCCUACUGUCAUCCCUGCGGCUUUUCAUCACUGAACUCAGAUGUCCAGAUCCUACAUUCAUAGAUGAGUCAUGGUGGAACCCAGAGAAAAUGGACGCCAAUACCUGCUGUUACUUGCGUCUGAUGUUUUGUCUGUUUGACGUUGUGAUAUCAGGGGCCAGUCAAGGGCCCUUGGCUCCCUGUUUCAUGAGCCUAAUGCAUCCUCUGUUACAGGUUCACCUGAAAGAGCCAAUACAUCUGUUUAGGUUCCUCUCUCUUUUGUGGGGCUACAACAAUAAUUUGGGUGAUCAGUUAGAUUGUCAAGUUAGUGCCAUACUGCAAACUCGGGCUCUUUACGUGGGAAAGGCUUUGCUUUGCAAUCAGCCAGUGAAAACCCUCAACCUGCUGGCAUCAGCUUCCUCACCAGUGAUGCCGUCUUUGCUGGCGUGUCUGUGUUCAGACAUGUGUGAAGUUCGAAGAGCUGCCAUUGCUGUUUUCCAGUCUUUCUCGGGGGUCGUUUCAUCACCUUAUUAUCCACUAGUGGAGAACUUCCUCAAAUCAUCAGAGGAAAUCAUUGCUGACCCUUCAUAUCUCAGCCAGGCUUUGUCCAAGAUGUACGAGGAGGGACUGUUAAUGAAAGAUAAAAAGAAAAAGCUGGCAUCAAUUGAGCAGCUCCUUCAGUGCGUGCAGUUACCUUCCUGCCCUUCCUAUACCUGCAAAACACUGAUGCGAGCACUUCAGGACAUUCAUGGAGAGCCAAUUUUAGCCGUUCUUCUGCCUGCUGUGGAGCGACUUCUCGAGCAGUGUGCUCCGGACUUAUGCACCUUCCUGCCAGAUGAGGCCCACCUCCUUCGACUCCUGCUUAGCAAGUUCAGUGAGGCAUCUGCACCUUUGCUGGUCAAAGACCCUCGAUGCCUAGAGGUCUUCAUUAAGGCACUGGGCACCUCAGCAAAGCUGUACCCUACUAUGCCUAAUUUCCAGAUUAUCACCCUGGAGCAGAUCACCAAGCCAUUCUUCACUGCUCUCGGGGAUGAAAAGAUUCAGCAGAAAAUUCUUUCUGUUUUAUUUGACUUGCUGGUGGGGAACAAAAACCCUGCCUGUGCCCAAACUAUAAACAGUGUAUUUAAAGCGAUUGCUGUGGAUGCAGAGUUAGUGGCCAAUGAGCUGAUGCCUGUAGAUAAACAAAAAGCUACUGCUACAGUUCAACAGACACGCAGGAGUAAAAUGCAAACAAGAAAAACGCAACAAUCAUCCGGGGUACUUCCAGAGGAGAAUGUUGUCUCUUGGCCAAGAGUUACCCUUAUUUUAGAGCUUCUGCAACAUAAGAAAAAACUAAGACGACCCCAGUGUCUUGUGCCAGCUCUAUUUAAUCUACUCUCCAGGUGCCAGGAGCCUGCCUCAGCUAAGCUGGAAAACCUUGAGUACACAAAACAACUCAUCCUCAGCUGCAUUCUGAAUGUCUGUCAGAAACUGUCUCCAGAUGGAGGGCCUAUCAGCAAAGAUGUGCUGGAGGAGGAUAAAUUUAAUGUGGAGCUGGUAGUGCAGUGUGUCAGGAUAUCAGACAUGCCCCAAACUCACCAUCAUGCUCUCCUUCUGCUCAGUGCUUUGGCGGGUAUCUUUCCUGAGAAGGUUCUUCACAACAUCAUGCCCAUUUUUACAUUUAUGGGCUCUAACGUUAUGCGACUGGAUGACACCUACAGCUUCCAGGUCAUCAGCAAGACCGUUCAGGCAGUCAUCCCAGCUCUUAUAAAGGCCCACGAAGGUGGAAGUGCUCAGUCUGAGGGGCAAAUGGAGACCGUGGUAUCUCGUAUCGUGCAUGUGUUUGUUGAUGCCUUGCCUCAUGUGCCAGAGCACAGACGCUUGCCUAUUCUCAGCCAGCUGAUGAACACACUGGGGCCGUCUCGCUUCCUCUGGGUCCUGAUGCUGCUCCUGUUCAAGCAGCAUGCCACAAAAACAUCUGUCAGUGCAGCUGGGCUUGAAAAAGAGGCUGUUGUAGAAAGAGAUCAGGAAUUCUGGAUAUCGGUGUGCUGUGAUUUUGAGGUAAAGGAGCAGCUGACCUCCAUGAUCAGAAUCUUGCAGUUUCUCAUGACUCUACCACAGGACAAAGAAGAUGCACCGGAUAAAAAGAGAGCCCGUGGAAGAAGUGCAGUGAAGAAGGAAGAAACUGUCUCUGAUGUGAUCUUUAAUGUGGAGGCUCAUAGUGGCAAGGACCUCCGCCACUUUAAAUUCCUCUCCGUUUCUUUUAUGGCCCAGCUUCUGGGUUCUGACAGAUUUAUCGGGAAGGUGGCUGACUGUGAGGACUUGACAGAAAGUACUUUACAGGAUCUUCAGCAGAAUCUAUUGGAGGAGGUUCUGCACUACAUCCACGCAGUUGCUCGAUGUGUAGAAGAUAAUGCAGACAAACCCACAGCUAAGUUCUGGAGAGCUCUGCUCAGCAAAUCCUAUGACAUCCUGGACAAGGUUAAUGCCCUUCUGCCCAUGGAUUCCUUCAUCAUGGUAAUGAGAGGCCUGAUGGGUAAUCAGUUGGCAUCUGUAAGAAGGAAGGCCAUGGAGUUACUCAAUAACAAAUUACAGCAGCGAACACAGUGGGUGGAAGAUCAGAUUACUGUUCUUCUGGAGCUCAUUGGUGUCCUCCUAAAAAUCGUAGGUCGGAGUCACGGACAGGUCACGGCACAGGAAGAAGAAGAGCUGGCUAUCAAUCGACAGACAGCCCUUUACAGCCUUAAGCUUCUGUGCCGAAACUUUGGCUCAGCCCAUCAGGAGGCAUUCGUACCAGUUAUUAAAAAAGCAGUGGAGAUUGUUGCUAAUAAAGACGAGGAGAAGAACGUCAUGGGAAGUGCUCUGCUGUGUGUAGCAGAAGUGACCAGCACACUGAAGGCCCUCGCUAUACCACAGUUACACAGCCUGUUCCCUGCAGUGCUGCACACUUUGAAGGAGAGAAAGGACCUGCUGAAUAAUGAAAUCUACUUGCUGAGUGCUGUCACAGCUCUACAGCGCGUUUCAGAAACACUCCCGCAUUUUAUCAGCCCCUACCUGGAGGACACCAUCUCGCAGGUCGCCCGCCUAACUCUACUAGCCAAAAAACUGACAUCUUGCCCUCAGCUGUCUGCACGUCUCUCCUCGCUCAGCACCACUGUUGCCACAAAGGUGCCUCCAAGGGUCCUCAUUCCCACAAUUACAAAAUGCUAUUGCACCAUGGUGGAGACUCAGCAGAACCGUCUUGGUCCUCUGAUGAUCAUUCUGAAGGAACAUAUAACUCACAUGGAGAAGGACCAACUCAAUAACCACCAAUCAGAGCUCACUUCCUUCUUCCUGUCUGCUCUUGAUUUCCGUGCCCAGCAUUGCCAGGGAGAUCUGAAGAAGACUGGAGAAAUAGAGGGCUGUGUGAUUGACUGUCUCCUAGUGAUGGUUAUGAAACUUUCAGAAGUCACCUUCAGACCUUUCUUCUUCAAAUUGUUUGACUGGUCAAAGAUGGAUGGUGCUUCUAAAAACCGCAUGUUGACGUUCUACAGAGUGGCAAACCUUAUUGCGAACAAACUCAAAGGACUGUUUGUGCUGUUCGCUGGGCAGCUGGUCAAACCCAUCUCUGAACUGCUGCAUCAGCUUAACAUUUCCCACACAGAAAAACCCUUCUUCGAUUCAGAAGAUGAGGAUGAUGAUGAGGAGGAUUCGGAUGAUGAUGAUGAUGAAGACAAUGUGACAAAGAGCAGCCUGCUGCUGAAGCAUGUGUUGGACUGCCUCCAUAAAAUCUUCCUCUAUGAUACUCAGCGCUUCCUCAGUAAAGAGAGAGCUGAUGCGCUCCUAGGCCCCCUGGUGGACCAGUUGGAGAACAUGCUGGGAGGAGACGAGAUCUACAAGACCCACAUUACCAAGCAUUUGGUGCCCUGUAUAGCCCAGUUUGCCGUUGCCAUGCGAGAUGACUCACAGUGGAAAGUUCUAAAUUAUCAGAUUCUUCUCAAGACACGACACAGUUCACCCAAGGUGCGUUUCUCUGCACUUGUCAUGCUGCUGGAGAUGGCAAGCAAGCUGAGGGAGAACUACAUGGUUCUUCUGCCAGAGACUAUUCCAUUUUUGGCUGAGCUUAUGGAGGAUGAGUGUGAGGAAGUGGAGCAGCAGGUGCAGAAGGUUAUUCAUGAAAUGGAGACUAUCCUUGGUGAACCACUGCAAAGCUACUUUUAAUCCCACUUGGCCUGAUUUUUACAUUAUCGACGGCACUUCUUACACCCUUUAACUGUGCAUUUGUUAUCCUUGUAUAGUUUUCUAGGGAUGAACUGCUCUGCUGGAAAAACUUGUCCUGUCUUUGUGUCCAUGUAUAUGUAAAUUUCAAAAGCCACAAAUUUUACAAGCCAAAAAUCACUGGAUGCAACAGUACAGUUAUAAAAAAAACAUGCAAUGUUUAAAUGUGUCUAUUGUUUUUAAAAAGAAAUGUUUUUAUUGAAUUUUCUAAUGCUUGCUUAUGUACCUCUCCCCAAUCUGAAUAUCAUAAAAAGAUGAGUCUGAAAAAUGUGUAUUUAAGUUUGGUUGAUAAAAAUGGAAAGAGUGUAAUGAAA